AAAAAAAAAACGCCGGAAUAGCGGAGGAUUUUUUUUUUCAACCCAUCUCCUUCUUCUUCUUAUUCUAGGCUCUAGACUUAGAGGCGGGCGCCAGCCUUACCGUGUGUGACAUACUCUCUCUUUGCCAAAGGGGUUUGGAGGAAGACACAAAGUAGUUUCUCCUCCUUUUCACCCAGCCCGCCAUCGUUUGGAGACACGAGAUUAAUAAUUGAGCAUUUAUUUAUUGCGCGAUAGAGACAGACAGACAGACGGGCGAGGGGAGAGCGAACGCACCGUGAGGCUGCCAGUUUAAAUCUAUCUGUGGCUUGAACGACCGGGAAGCACGCCACAGCCGCUCCGUAGAAGUAACGGCGAUUUGGGCUACUCUAAAAACACUGCACAUCCGCGAGAGCAACUAACUAGCUCUCCCUCAGCGUGAAGAUUGUCCCCCUUUUUCGGCGCAGAACAUGAAUAAGCUAUACUUUGGCAACGUGAGCGCUGAGGCGAGCGAGGAGGACUUCGAAACUAUCUUUGAGCAGUGGAAGAUUCCGCACAGUGGUCCGUUUCUCGUCAAAAAUGGCUAUGCGUUUGUGGAUUGCCCAGACGAGAAAGCUGCAAUGAAGGCCAUCGAUGUUCUUUCAGGUAAAGUUGAACUUCAUGGGAAAGUUCUCGAAGUGGAGCACUCGGUCCCUAAACGUCAAAGGAGCUGUAAGCUGCAGAUCAGGAACAUCCCGCCUCACAUGCAGUGGGAGGUUUUGGAUGGUAUGCUUGCUCAGUAUGGUGCAGUAGAGAGCUGUGAACAAGUCAACACUGACACAGAGACUGCAGUAGUCAACGUUCGAUAUGGAGCCAAGGACCAGGCCAGGCUGGCAAUGGAGAAGCUGAACGAAUCUAUGAUGGAGAACUAUGCCUUGAAAGUGUCGUUUAUCCCAGAUGAGACGGCGGCACCGGAGGGUCCUUCAGCGGGGGGCAGGAGAGGCUAUAACGCCCGUGGAACCUCUCGCUCCGGCUCUCCAAGUCUGGGCGCCCGGCCCAAAAUGCAGUCGGACAUUCCGCUGCGCAUACUGGUUCCCACGCAGUUUGUAGGGGCAAUUAUUGGCAAGGAAGGUGCCACCAUUCGCAACAUCACCAAACAGACCCACUCAAAGAUUGACAUCCAUAGGAAAGAAAAUGCAGGCGCAGCAGAGAAGCCCAUCACAAUUCACUCCACCCCUGAAGGUUGUUCGAAUGCUUGUACAACAAUCAUGGAGAUCAUGCAGAAGGAAGCCCUUGACACAAAGUUCACUGAGGAGAUCCCACUGAAGAUACUCGCACACAACAACUUUGUAGGAAGGUUAAUUGGAAAGGAAGGGCGCAACCUGAAGAAAAUCGAGCAGGACACAGAGACCAAGAUCACAAUCUCAGCUCUCCAGGACUUGACUAUGUACAACCCAGAGCGAACCAUCACAGUGAAGGGCACCAUCGAGGCAUGUGCAAGAGCCGAGGAGGAGCUGAUGAAGAAGAUCAGGGAAUCGUAUGAGAGUGACAUGGCUGCUAUGAAUCUCCAGUCCAACCUGAUUCCAGGCUUGAAUCUGAACGCUUUGGGUUUGUUCCCCAGUGGAGCACCAGGCAUGGGUCACUCCAUGUCCAGUAUCCCUCCUCCGGGAGCCCACGGUGGAUGCUCGUCAUUUGGGUGCAGUCCUUAUGGGGGUGAGGUGCCAUUUUGGGCCUCUAUGCUGUCGGCGAGCAGCCAGGAAGGCCCUAAUCUUUGCAUUGUUUACUCCCAGCAGGGACACCCGGAGUCGGAGACGGUUCACCUGUUCAUCCCUGCUCUUGCGGUCGGAGCCAUCAUUGGAAAACAGGGUCAACACAUCAAACAGCUGUCACACUUUGCCGGAGCCUCGAUCAAGAUUGCCCCUGCAGAAGAUGUGGGUGCCAAACCACAUAGGGUGGUGAUCAUCGCUGGACCACCAGAGGCUCAGUUUAAGGCUCAGUGUCGCAUCUUUGGCAAGCUGAAGGAAGAGAAUUUCUUUGGACCCAAGGAAGAAGUGAAGCUGGAGGCUCACAUCAAGGUUCCUUCCUUCGCUGCUGGAAGAGUCAUUGGGAAAGGGGGCAAAACGGUAAACGAGCUGCAGAACCUGACCUGUGCAGAGGUGGUGGUGCCCAGGGACCAGACGCCUGAUGAGAAUGACCAGGUUAUAGUCAAGAUCAGUGGACACUUCUUUGCAUGCCAGCUGGCUCAGAGAAAGAUCCAGGAGAUCCUGGCCCAGGUGAAGAGGCAGCAGCAGCCUAAACCCACAUCUGGAGCCCAACUGCCCCAGCCCCGCAGGAAGUAAAACUCCAGCGGACCUGGAGGAACGGUGACUGAAUCUGCCAGAAGACUCGACGGAUAGACAGAUGCAGCAGAGUCCGGGAGGAGAAGAGGAAGACGAGGGGUCGUAACGCUCAUCUCGGGGGCCACAGGUUAUCAGAACCCAACCAAACAUCUACCCCUUCUUGUCUUACUUGAUGAACUUUCAAGGUUGGCUAAAAAGCGGCCCCACGCCUCUAAACCUCCUCCCACCUCAGCUCUGUACAUCUCUGAGAAAGUACUUCUGAGGGCUCCCAACAACGUCACCUGCCCUCACAUGUACGCACCCCUCGACCGCUCUCCUCCCCCCACGGGUGUGUUGAAUUUUUAUUUGUUUUGGUCCUCUUUUUACACUAGAAUCACAAAGAAGAAGUAAGGAUCCCCCUCUUAUCGCCUCAUUGGUGUGGUACUUCAAACCUGACAGGAUGUUUUGGUUGACUUCAGAUUUUUUUCAUUUAUUUCUUUCAUUUCUUUUAGUGUUUAAUUGGUUGAUGAAGCUUUUUCAUGAGUUUUCUGUGGAAAGAAAAAGGCAUUGCUAUCAAGGUCCUGGUUGGACCAACAGAGGUUUAUUUUGAGGGAGGGUUGGCUCUAACUGAGUGGGCCAUGUUUAGGGGGAAAGAUUCUUGUUUCAGGACAGGACCCCUGAAAGGGUGGAUUAUAUUGGGCGUCCUGCCCUUGUAAUGAUAGUGGCAUUUUAUAAAUUUGGAUGCAUUUUAUAGAUAGACCUAUAUACAUAGAUGAAUAUAUAUUUAGAGGUGAGGGCAGCGCCAUGACUGACACUUGGGGAAACGGUGCCGAACUGCUGCUGCCCAGGAAAACCAAUUUAAUAUGCAUUUUACUUAACUACCUCAGGAUCUAGUACCUCAGAAGAGAAAAGAAAAAAUGAUUAUAUAUAUGAAAAAAAUGUUCCUUUCUUUUUUUAUUUUGCUUUUGUGGUAUUUUGUAUACUUUAUAAAGCUGAUAGUCUUUGAACAUUUUUAUUUUUUUAAGAAAAUUUAAAAUUUGGUCAGCUGCCAACUGACCUUGCCUUCAACUCUGGUGCUUUAGGUGGCAUUGUUCAUGUGUAUGUGUGACUUAAGAUGACCCUGUACAUAAAGUCUAUUUGUACAUAGAAGCCCCGGAGCAAGAGUUGGCGCCCCCUCAGCUGGCGGCUGACAGGAGUAUCGAGAGAAAAUCACCUCAGUUUUUCCCCUGAGGGUCCACCAUUUUCUGAAAAUGAGUACAAAACAUCGAAGACAUGCAAAUAACGCCAACCGUACAUAAUUACAGCAAUGCCAUUUAGUUUUGGGAUUGACAUUAUUGGUAAUGGUACUUUAAUUUGUCAAAAGUCCUUUUUGCCUUCCUAGGAGGGCCGUGGGCAGUGCAGUGUGGACCGUAAUGGUCUCCUCUCUAGCUGCCCUUCAGUCAGCAGAGCAUCUGUUUUUUUUUUUUUUUUUGUUUGUUUUUUUUUUGUCUGUUCUGUUCACAGGCCAUCUGCCGCCACCUUGACGAUGGUGUCUUAGCAAGGUCCAAGCCCGACUAGGUUUAUUUUCAGCUUUGUCAGUUCGGAGUGGCCCUUGUAGCCAGGCCAUUAAGUCAAUGUUAACGUCGUUCACUGCAUGGUGAGGGUAGGGGGAGUCACACUGAUGGACUCAUAACUUUUCUUUUUCCUUUUUUCUUUUGCGCUAUAAGAAAAUGAUUUAAACAAGACAUUCUCUGUCGCCCCCAAAUGUAACUUGAUGUUCCAAUUUGUUGUUCAAACAGGCAAAAUAGCCGGAAAAGGCACAAAAAAUACUGAAUGAACCCUGACUGGAGGGGCGGUGUAAGAAAAGAGGAAAGGAAUCCAAAACGUAAAUAUACAAUAUAUUUCAUUUGUCUCUUCAUGCCGAAUGUAAAUAUGUUGAUUGUGGCAAAAGUUGAGUGUAUCCAUGCUUCCACAGUAGAACGCCGUCUACCUCAGCUGAGGGGGUGGGGGGUUGUUGAGGCACCCCACCCUGCCCCCACUGAGCACCAGCCCGCAUUGAUACCUCAGUCCCCCGAACAUUUCUCUCUACACGGGCGCGCGAUCCUAACACCGCGCUUAACUGAGGGGGCACAAGUGAUACUUAAAAAUAUCCCUGACACCUCCUAAAUCCCUGCUCCCUUCCUGCCAAACCACCCUCUCCUCCUCCGCAGUUUGUUUUGAUCUACCUCUUUAGACACGUAUUUGAAGUAGAGGCAUUCUUCUAUUUGUUAGAAUUUAGCCCCCCCCAAAACCCUCCUUUAUGGCUCCCCAUGCUUACCCAGAUAUGAAUGAAAACUUAAACUAAAAUCAUGUACUCUUUAGAAUUGAGAGAAUAAUCGAAAGUAAUCAAAAAUAUUUUCUUUUGCCAGUGUUUAUAUGUACUCUUUUUGGCUCAAUUGAAAUCCUCAACCGAUAAUUAUUUCUUUCUGCUUUCUAUUUUUGGUGGUGUGGCUUACAUGUAUUUGAACUUUUGCUUGGGUUUUUUUGUGAAAAAGGUCAAAUCACGUGUUUGAUUUUGCAUUCAAUAGUUAAAACAAGAAAAUACAGUUAAAAAAGAAAAAAAAAAAAAAAGGGCCUGCCUUUUUUUGUUGCCGAUUUGAAAGACUUCAAAAUAGAUAAGUCCUGUCUUUUUUUCCCUAUUUGUCUUUCACAGAUGCUACACUCACUCGCUGAUUCAGUAGCUUUUUCUUCUGUUAGCAUUUCUUGGCUGUGUAACGUGGAAAAUCUUGGUAUGAGACAGAUAUGAGGGACUGGGUCUCUGAGUUUUUUGGAAAAGUUAUCUAAUUUCAGCAUGAUAUUCCCUUCACGCUCUCUCUGCAGCCAUGCUUUUGCCCCUUCACCUCCCUGUCACACACAGCUCCACUUGUCAAAUGCCUCUGAAUAAAACAAAAAAAAUAAUUAAA